AUGUCUACCGUUUCCUUAGUUCCCGAACAAGCAACUACAUCACAGGUCACUGCCUUGGAAGGUUAUGUCGGCUUUGAUACAAUCACUCAGCAAAUUGAGAAAAAAUUGUUGAAACGAGGAUUUCAUUUUAAUGUGAUGGUUGUUGGACAAUCUGGUCUUGGUAAAUCUACCUUGGUCAAUACUAUCUUUGCAUCCCACUUGAUCGAAAGUAAAGGUCGUCUCUCUGCUGAGGAACCACCUAGACAGACAACUGAGAUCCAGACCGUUUCUCACUCAAUUGAAGAAAAUGGUGUCCGUCUUAGAUUGAAUAUUGUUGAUACCCCUGGAUAUGGAGAUCAAGUCAACAACGAGAAUUGCUGGGAACCUAUCAUCAAAUACAUCAAAGACCAACAUUCUGCUUAUUUACGUAAAGAAUUAACUGCCACGCGUGAUCGUUACAUUCAGGAUACUCGUGUUCACUGCUGUUUGUUCUUUAUUACCCCUACUGGUCAUGCACUGAAGCCUAUUGAUGUUGUUGUGCUAAAGAAGCUUUCUGAAGUUGUUAAUGUUGUCCCUGUGAUUGCCAAGUCGGACUCUCUUACUAUUGAGGAACGUGCUGCCUUUAAGCAAAGAAUCAAGGCAGAAUUAAUCUUUCAUAACAUUAAGCUAUAUCCUUAUGAAAGUGACGAGGAUGACGAACAAGAACAAGCAUUGAAUGAAAGCAUUCGAGACCUGCUUCCAUUUGCCAUUGUUGGCUCUGAGCGUAAUGUCGUCAUAGAUGGCAGACCUGUAAGAGGCAGAAAGAACAGAUAUGGUGUCAUUAAUGUUGAAAACGAAGAGCACUGUGAAUUCAUUUAUUUGCGCAACUUUUUAACUCGUACUCAUCUUCAGGACCUUAUCGAAACUACAGCUCAAAUACACUAUGAAGCCUUUAGAGCCAAGCAAUUGAUGGCCAUCAAGGAAUCCACUGGAGGUCAACCUUCGCUUGGUGCUAAUGCUCCUAUUCAUCUUCCCAACAGUCCUCAAGCUAGUGCAAGUCCCAAUGCAUCGUUGGGUAGUAAUGUUAUUACAAGCCCUCAGAUAACGAUGGGAAGCCCUGCUCAGUCUCAAAGGUCUGUUCCUGCAUUCAGCUAA